AUGUCACGCGCCCCUCGCGCCCAAUCACCGGCCUCUGCCGGGGUGAGGCGGGCAGGCGGGGGCACGCCGGAAGCCAUCGCCAGCGCCGCCCCCACCCCUCAGCCUCAGCCCCGCCCCCCCUGCGGCUGGGCCGGGGACCCUCCCCAAUCCCCACUCACCUGCCGGGGCCGCCGCCGCCGGCUAAACCACAGCCGGUGCCCACACUUCCGGGACCCGCGAGACCCGCCCCCCGCCGCCGGAUGUGACGCCCCCUCCAACGUCCGGGCGCCGGGAGCCGAGGCUCGCGCUCCUUGUACUGCUCCCACGUGGGGCGCCCCGCCUCGCGGGCCUCAGCGUUCCUACGAGACGGAAGGAAGCAGGAAGUGGUUUUGGGUCCUCGGGCUGGUGGCCCUCUCAGAGUGCUUGGUCACUGUUCCUCUAAGGAAGGUCAAAUCCCUGUGGGAAAGCCUCCGGGAAAGAGAAGUGCUGGAAAAUUACCUGGAGACAUACUCUUCUAGCCUGGCCUAUAAAUUUGCCGCCAAACAUCCAGACCUGGAGCUGCCUUUUGAACCCCUAAGGAACUACCUGGAUCUGACCUAUAUGGUCACCAUCGGCAUCAGCACGCCCUCUCAGGAGUUCGAUGUCAUCUUUGACACCGGCUCGACUGACUUGUGGGUGCCUUCCAUCUUCUGCUCCAGCCCUGCCUGCCCCCACCACGAUGCCUUCAACCCUCUGUGUUCCUCCACCUUCCUCAUCUCCAGCCGGCACAUCAGCAUCAUCUACAGCACCAGGAGCAUAUCGGGAUUUGUCACCUAUGACUUUGAUCAGGUCAGCUGCCUUGUCGAUUUUGCCCAGGCCUUUGGCCUGAGCCUCACGGAGCCCGGCAAUUUCACGGAUCUCACGGUUUUCGACGGCAUCCUGGGAAUGGGCUACCCGGCCUCAGCCUCAAAUGGCAAGCCAGUUUUCAACAACCUGUGGGAUCAAGGCCUCAUUUCUGAGAAGCUCUUUUCCUUCUACCCGAACAACCGGAAGAACGGCAGUGUGCUGCUGCUCGGCGGCAUGGACCCCUCCUUCUACAGGGGGGAUCAGUGGGUGCCCGUGAGCAAGCCCCUCUACUGGCAGGUGGCCCUGGACAACAUUUCCGUGAACGGGGUGGUGAUUUCCUGUGAGGGCAGCUGCCAGGCCAUUGUCGAUACUGGGACCUCUUUGCUCGUUGGCCCCUGGACCUCCGUCCUCAACAUCCAGGAGGCCAUUGGAGCCACGCCCACCUGCAACAACAAGUACACCCUCAACUGUGCAACCGUCAGCACCCUGUCUGAUGUCGUCUUCGCCAUCAGUGGCAUCAACUACCCAGUGCCCAUCUGGCAGGGUCAGUCCAGCACGAUGAGAUUACACGGCCUCCGUGCUGGCCACCACGGCUCAGCCCUGGCUGAUGGCAGGACCUCCCAGAGGGCACCCAGCCCUGGAGCCAGGAUUCCCCGUUCUCUCCCAGGACUUUCUCUGGCCAGGGGGUCUGGAUGGAAGGCUUCUCCGAGUGCCCCCGGGAUGGAGGCUGUGGCCCCUAUGGAGCCCUGGGGACCCUGGCCACCCCCAUCCCGACACGAAAUAGCCCGUCUGGAGGACCCAGCACCCAGUGCAUCUGAGAAAGCUCCACUCACGCUCCACAGAACUCACGCAGCUCCAGGAGCUUUGCCCCAGCCUGCCACCUUCGCCACCCCUGCCAUGCGGGAUCCAGGAGAUUUUAUUCAUGCGUAA